CUUCAGGGAUCUAGUGGAGUCCGUGCCUCGACGGGUCAGGGCUGAUUUGGCAGCAAAAGGAGGGGGACCAGCACAAUAUUAGUCAGGUGGUCAUAAUGUUAUCCAGAAAAAUGUGACGUAAUUCAGGACAAUGAUGUCCUAAUGCUGCGGUCAUUAAACUAUGGGACAGAUAAUAAUCUUCAGUACAAAACGAUGUCAUUAUAACACAGGGAGUGUUGGUGUGAUGAUUCCUUCAGAGGAUCAGACCUCCUGCUCCUGAGGUGAUGUUCCACACAUCGGCUCUUCCUCAUAUUUUAAUGCGCGCGUGACGCUGGGGCCGUGCGCGCGCAUGUGAGUGAUUGGGCGCGCGCGCGAGAGAGAGAUUCUGAGGCGGUUUAAUUCCGGAACAGACUCAGGGACGGAAACGUCGCCUCACACACACCACAAAAUCCCCGGACAAAUUCAUGCUCAAGGUGGGAGCUGGGUGUGUGUGCAGCAGUCAUGGCGUGUGUGUCGGAGUUCUACGCAGGGAAGUGUGUGUUGAUCACCGGAGCAACCGGCUUCAUGGGGAAGGUGUUGGUAGAGAAGCUCCUGCGUUCCUGUCCUGAAGUUAAAGCUCUGUACCUGCUGAUCCGCACCAAACAGGGCCAGAGCUCACAGCAGAGGAUCCACACCACACUGCAGAGCAAGCUGUUUGACCGGCUCCGGGAGGAGAAUCCAGACUUCCAUAAGAAGAUAAUCCCUGUGAGCAGUGAGCUAACACAGCCUGGACUCGCUCUGAGCGAUGAAGACGUACAAACCCUCACACAGAACGUUCACAUCAUCUUCCACUGCGCAGCCACAAUACGCUUCGACGAGCCGCUCAAACAUGCUCUGCAGCUGAACGUGAUUGCGACUCAGCAGCUCCUGUCUCUGGCUCAGCAGAUGCAGCAGCUGCAUGCCUUCAUUCACAUCUCCACUGCGUAUGCUAACUGCAACCGCCAUCACAUUGAUGAGGUCAUCUACCCUCCACCUGUGGAGCCCGGCAAGCUCAUCCAUUCCCUGGAGUGGAUGGAUGAUGCAAUCAUCCGUGACAUCACACCGAGGCUGAUCGGUGAUUGGCCGAACACGUACACCUACACCAAAGCAUUGGCGGAGUGUGUGGUGCAGCAGGAGAGCGGGAAACUGAACGUGGGGAUCAUCAGGCCCUCCAUCGUUGGAGCCAGCUGGCAGGAACCCUUCCCUGGCUGGAUUGACAACUUCAAUGGCCCAAGUGGUGUCUUCAUUGCGGCAGGAAAGGGGAUCUUGAGGACAAUGAGAGCCAGUAAUGAUGCCGUAGCAGAUCUGAUUCCAGUCGAUGUGGUGAUCAACCUCACACUGGCUGCAGGGUGGUACACUGCAGUGCACAGACCGAAGUCUGUUCUGGUUUAUAACUGUACAACAGGAGGCAUUAACCCUUUCCACUGGGGAGAGAUCGAGCAUCACGUGAUGUCAACAUUUAAGCGGAAUCCUCUGGAGCAAGCGUUCCGUCGGCCCAAUGCUAACAUUACCUCAAACUACCUGAUUAAUCAGUACUGGAUCCUGGUGAGCCACAAGUUCCCGGCGCUCCUCUACGACCUGUUCCUGAGACUGUCUGGACAAAAACCUCAAAUGAUGCGGAUCUUUAACAGGCUACAUAAAGCCAUCGGACUGUUGGAGUACUUCAGCAGUCAGGACUGGGAGUGGAAUUCGGACAACAUGAACAUGCUGAUGAACCAGUUGAGCACUGAGGACCGCAAGAUGUUUAACUUUGAUGUGCGUCAGUUGAACUGGCCUGAGUACAUUGAAAAUUACUGCAUCGGCACCAAGAAGUAUGUGCUGAAUGAGGACAUGGCCGAUAUUCCAGCCGCCAGACAACAUCUGCGCAAACUGAGGAAUAUCCGCUACACGUUUAACACCGUCCUGCUGGUCUUCAUCUGGCGUGUCUUUAUUGCUCGUUCUCAGAUGGCCAGAAACAUCUGGUACUUUGUCGUCAGUUUGUGCUUCAAGUUCCUUUCCUACUUCAGAGCCUCGAGUACACUCACCAACUAAAAAGAAAUCAUUCUACUGACCCAGUCUCUUUCAGCGAACCCUGUUCUUUCCCAUCUGUCUCCAGAUUGUCUCUGUCUACUCCACUAUAGGUCAGACUGUGCAGAAACUUUUUGCACACUCCCAAUUUACUGGAGCAUUAUCCAGUCAGAACCCAGUCCAUUUGAAUGUACCUUGGUCUGCCCCUAGUCCUCUACAGUGUACCUUGGUCUGCCCCUAGUCCUCUACAGUGUACCUUGGUCUGCCCCUAGUCCUCUACAGUGUACCUUGGUCUGCCCCUAGUCCUCUACAGUGUACCUUGGUCUGCCCCUAGUCCUCUUGAGUGCUCCCUGGCUUGCCCCUGGUCCUCUUGAGUGUACCUUGGUCUUUCCCUAGUCUUCUGAAGUGUACCCUUGUCUGCCCCGGUCCUCUUGAGUGGUCCCUGGUCUGCCUCUAGUCCUCUUGAGUGAACCUUGGUCUCUCCCUAGUCCUCAUUUUACCCUAGUCUACCCCUUCUCCAGUCAAGAGUAGCCUGGUCUGCAGCUAGUCCACUGGCAUGUACCCUGGACUGCCCUCUGUCCACUUGAGUGUACCCUGGUCAUCUCUAAGCCCACUGGUGUGUACCCUGGUACCUGGAAUGGACUGCAGUGGUCUGCACCCAGAUCACUGUAAUAUAUCCAGCAGAGAACACCCUUUUGCAGUCUACUAAAAUGUUGCAUGUAACCUGACCUGCCCUGAGUCUUCUUGAAUAUGCCCCAGUGUCUGCUGCUGGUGUAGUCUAGUCAAGUUUGCCCAAAAUGUAAUUAACCACAACUUGGUCUGAACACAGUCUGGUAUACAGACCCCACUUUGUGUCAACAUUAAAGUCUAGGUUUAGGGCCCAGUCUACAAAAAUAUUAACCUCAUCUGCCCCAGUCUACUCAGGUAGAACCUAGUCUACCUGACUGCACCAGUCUGCACUAGUUUACUCCAUGUCUGUGUUAGCAUACCACAUUCUGCUCCUGUCUGUGUUGGGGUACUUUGGUUGUACUUGAAAAUAUUUGUCUGCACUCCUCCCUAGUUUGUCUGUAUUAUUCCCAGUUUAUCUCAUCUUCCUUCAUCUUUGACCCUCUGCCUCUAGUGACCCUUUGUUACCUGACCUCACCACCGACACCCAGAAACUGGAGUAUCCUUACCAACAAAACACAGCAAUCUACUGCCCAUGUCUAGGUCCAGCCCCUGCUCAUCAAGCCCCAGUGAGUCAGUCCUCUCCCAGUCUUACUUUAAAUCAGUAACCAGUCUGCUAACGGUUCCUCCAAAGGGCCAGGCUGUCUACCCCAGCUGUCCUUGUGUUAGAGUUACCUGGGGUAAAAGACUGGGGGUAGAAUCUCACCAUGAACACAUCCACUGUUUUUAGAGCUUUUUCUUCUUUUGUACAAAAUGUUGUUUUAAAAAAGAAAAGAAACAGCUAUAUAUGCAACAGCCACUGUUAUUUUACCUUGCCUGUAUAUUUGUCAGUGAUUUCUGUUUCAUUAAUGAUAGAAUUAUUAUUAUUAUUAUUAUUAUUAUUAUUAUUAUUAUUAUUAUUAUUAAUUGCACUGAAAUGCAGGCUUGACUUUUUUUUUUUUAAAGAAAGAUUUUAAACAUGACAGUGUUGAAAGAAGAUUAUGACUUAUCAAAAUCUCUACAGUUUAGAAACCUCUGGUUGGGGGGGGGGGUUGUCUGUGUGUGUGUGUGUGUGUGUGUACAGUCUGUUCCAGAAUCUGUGUUCACUACCGAGAGCUGUUUUUUUUCAUCAGUUAUCGAACACUAAUAAACAUAGCUCAGUCCACACCCACUCGGUCAUAACGAUGUUACUCAUCAUCUCUUCGUGUCUAGAGCUUUGAUUUUUUGUCCUUGAUCAUGAUUUAAAUGAAAUAGAUGCGUUUUAAGAAAGUAUAAUUUUGUACAUUUUUGAUAACUGAUGAAUGAAAACUGUUCUUUAUUCCUGAUUUAGUGCAGUUUGUAAUAUGUUAAAGCAGGUUUUAUAGCAGUAAUCAAUAAUCCUCAUUUAACACAGGCAUGCUCAAAUGCACUUCUGCAGUAUUAGCACUAUAUGCUAAAGGCUGCAUGUUUCAGGCUCAGCUUAGCUUUCAUUCAUUUACAGUUGAUUUAUCAGAAAUACAUACAUUUGGCUUGCUAAGCUAAUUUGCACUGGGUGGUUUCAUUUGGCAUGUUGGAUAAAUUCACAUUUUAACUCUGUAGAGAUUGUUUAUCCCAUGCUUUCUAGUUUCAUUAUUAGAAUUACUCAUCUUGCAUCUUGUUAGCUUAGCUACCUUGUCAAAUAGUUAGUGUAUAAUUUCACUGUCCCUAGCCCUAACUCUAAGGCUAAUUUUCCAGAAUGCAUUUUUUAAACUCAGAAAUAUGACAAACCAUCAGCUUGGCUAACAAGUUAUAUAACGAGUUGCUAGCAAAGAUCAUCUUUUGCAUUUUUUUUUUUUCAAUUUACAAUUUUAACAAUUGACUGUAUCCCUUAUGCUUAGCAAAUUUACAAACUAGCUAACACUGACCGCUUUGCCUGACCUAACAUGUUAGCUUUUCAUUUUACAGAAAAUCUAAUUAUAUUAAUUAAAAAAAAUAAAAUAAAUUGCGUUUAAAACGUAUAGCAGGAGUACAGUGGCCCGUGGUGUAUUAGCCUGUUAGCAGAAACCGGUCGUUGUAUCUCUCGCUAACUUACUGCAGUAAUGUGGAGAGAAGGCUGAAGCCUCUUGUUUGAGCUGAUUGUAAUGUUUACUGACGCACAGACUGCCCUCUGUUGAUAC